AACCAAACCCAACAACCUAGGAAAAAUGUUUAUUGAAAAAAAAAAACAUCAUCCUAGGAAUAUCCCAACAGUAAAUUCGGUUGACAUGUUUCUUUAAACUGCUUCAAGGAUAGCAACGUUGUUGCCUGAAUUUGCUCCAAAUAUAGGGUUGAGAGCUGGUGUUAGAAUUCCCUCCAAAUUUAGCAUAGAAUAUCCAAAUUCCCACUUAUCAGUUUUUCUCUUUCCGUCAGGGGAGAAUCAAUAUGAAAGAUCAUCAUCAUGAUCAUGAUCAUCAUCCUAAUGAUCUUCAGCAGCAGCAGCAGCAGCAGCUUCAACCCCAUUGCAGCUACUUUGACAUUCUGAAGUUGUCAAGGUAUCAGCAGAUGGGGUUGGAAUUUACGAAGGCGGGCCCAAUAAAGGGUGCAAACGCCACCCUUCUCCUCCAGCAUAAAAUGCUUUCUUAUCUUUCAGCAAGUUCUUUCAUUCGAAACCUGGUGUCGAAGAAAAGAAGGCGAAUGCUAGUCGGUGGAUAUGAUCUGGACAUGUCUUAUAUAACUGAUCGUUUGUUGGCAAUGUCUUUCCCUGCCGAACGUAUGCGAACAAUGUAUCGGAAUCCUCUAUGGCAGGUCAAGUCUGUGCUGGAAAUGAUUCAUCAGGGGCAUUACAGGGUCUACAAUUUGUGCAUAGAAGAAGAUUAUGAUCCAUCACACUUCCAUGGUCGAGUCGAGAAGUUCCCUUUCGAUGACAAUCACGUUCCCCACUUUGAAAUGAUGAAGUCAUUCUGUGAGAGUGUUCAUUCAUGGCUAUCAGAUGACCCUAAAAACAUUGCAGUUGUUCAUUGCAUGGCAGGAAAAGGUCGAACAGGCUUAAUGGUGUGUGCCUACCUUGUUUACACCGGAAUGUCAGCUGAGGAAGCACUUCAGUUAUACGCCCAAAAGCGGACAACUAACAACGAAGGAGUCUCUAUACCAAGCCAACGCCGUUAUGUGGGGUAUUGGGAAAAAUUACUUUCUUUUCCCAGGGGCAUUGGCAAUGGACCUGUCGAUGUGCACUUGCCUCAACCAUGUAGCCGAGAAUUGCGGCGGAUACGACUUUACGACACAGUUAAUACCAACUCUGUCUUCUUCGUUGUCUCGGAGCUCCAAGAGAUUCCGGAUCAGAUGAACCGCCCGCCUGUUGAAGUUGCCAAGAGAUGCUGUCGACAAUUCAAAAAAGGAAGUGAAGCGAAUUGCAGUCCUCGAUAUUUCUUGUCAUAUGUUGAAGGGGACGAGGAAGGGGCUACACCAGAAUCGGAGGAACCUCGUGUUGUAGUCCAAAUGGACACGGAGAGUCCCAUAUUAUAUCAGAAGAACUGUCUUGACUAUCGUUUCAAUAAACCUGUGGAAGUUAAGGGAGACGUGCGCGUCAUAUUCUAUCAAAAAAUGAUCGGAGGUCGCCUUUUUUAUGCCUGUUUCAAUACAGCCUUCAUCAAGAGCAGCUUGCUACAGUUUACGAUCCGGUAUCUGGACAAAGUUGGGAGUGCCGGCAGAUCAAUAUGCGGCCCUGCAUUCUGUGUCGAGUUGCUUUUCGGCCCGGCCAACCGGAGCCUCUCGAGUGCUUUUUAAUCUAAUUAUAAUGUAAUGAAUUUGUACUGAACCCUAAACUCAAGGGACUUGUUUUAAAAAAUAAUAAAAACAAUACAUG